CCCCAGAAUAUUGAUUAUAGCAUCUGUGAUUUAGCAGUAGAAUAUAUCCCGUAUCUUCAUCACACGCAGCUAAAGCACGGAAGGCAAUUUGAGAAUUGAAUGCUUGUUGCAACCUAAGGAGUAUCCAACCUAAGGAGAAUCUGAAAGCUAUGAAUGUGGUGUUCUCCCUCUGUCUGGGUUUAAUUAUCCACUUUCUUAUUGAAUGUGAUGAACAAUGGUAUGUUGAAACCGAAACUAGUAUUGCAUUCUCGAGUUCCGUGGAUAAGCAUCAGCUAAGAAGUGAAACAAUGGAGCUCAUGAAGACCAACUCACUUGAUAAUACAGGCGUUUUUGGUUGGUUGAGCUAUCCCAGUUCAUUGAAGCAAGUGGGGAAUGCUGUUCUUUACCAACAAAGCUGGUAGUAGACAUUAUUGAUCCUCUAUAGAAGACCAAAACAUGUGGUAAUGACACAAGUGGUUGAGCUCUCUCAUUCUCAUAUUUUAUAUGCAAGCUGGGUGCCCUCCCACUCAAACUUUUCUUAACCACUCAUUCCACCUCCUUAAGGAUCAGAUCUAUAUAAACGCAUAUCAGUUGUUUCUCACCCCACUCAACUCAAGGGCUUCCUUAAACCACAGUUUCUGCACUCACAAGUCUCUCUAGCUUAUUAGCUUCUUUUUUUAACCCUUCCAGAAACAUUUGAACAUGGCUAUCAGUAUGGGGCACGUUCUCCGUCCUAAGCUAGGACUCAGGAGGUCUUCUUCAAGAACAAACAGAGAAAGUGAGGUUCCUAAGGGACACCUUGCAGUUUAUGUAGGCGACAACAAGAAGCGCUUUGUCAUUCCGAUAUCAUACUUGAAAGACCAUUCAUUCCAAGACUUGCUAAGUCAAGCUGAAGAAGAAUUUGGAUUUGAUCAUCCGAUGGGUGGACUCACAAUACCCUGUAUGGAAGAAACCUUUCUUGACAUAAUCUCUACUAUGAGGAUAUGAGCAGAUCUUGAUAGACUGCAGUACAUAGAUUAUUCUUUUUAGUCAGUAGAUGACUUUUUAUAUUAUUGUUUGCAAAGAAAAGUACUCUUGUACAAUGUUCUUUGUUAUCCUGAUCAGAUUGGAAAUAUAACUUUAUAUAAAUG